UUGCAACAGCAAUGUCCUCCGCGAGGAGAAAUAUCACCAUGUACUUGCACGGUCAAGAAAAAUGGUUUGGAUAUUUUGUGCGAGUUCACCGACCAACAGCACAUCAACGAUGCAAUGGGCGUGCUGAAGGGAAAGUCUUUGGUUAUUUUUUAUCUGAAACUAAGACAUAACAACCUGAAAAAAUUACCUGGAUUUGUCUUUUUGGGUUUGGAUAUACGUCAUCUCACCAUCCACAAUAGCAGUUUGUCUGUAGUUGAAGAAGCAUCUCUCAGUUCCAUAGGUAAAAUGUUGACCCAACUAGACGUCUCGCAAAAUAGUCUGACCCAAGUUCCUUCAUCGGCCUUCAAGAAUUUACACCAUCUCCUCAUCCUCAACAUGAACCACAAUAAGAUCAGCAGCUUGCAUGCUAAAGCAUUUCAAGGACUAGACACACUCGAGAUUCUAACUCUUUAUGAGAACAAGAUUAAUAACAUCGAUCCGGAGGCAUUUGUAGGUCUAGAAAAAAAGCUGAAGAGGCUGAACCUAGGUGGAAAUGGAUUAACAUCGGUACCACAGAAAUCUCUGGCUCUACUCGACACUCUGAAAAAGCUGGAAAUGCAGGAAAAUAGGAUAAGUGAAAUACGAGAAGGAGAUUUUGAAGGUCUGAAAAACCUCGAUUCCUUGGGACUGGCUCACAACAAACUGCGACAAGUUCCGUCGAAAGUUUUCUCCCAUCUGACGAUGUUGAAUUCUUUGGAAUUGGAUGGAAACAAUAUUGACACCAUAGACCCAGAAGCAUUCUCGGGGUUAGAAGAGAACCUCCAAUAUCUCCGCCUAGGUGAUAACAACAUUCACACAAUUCCAACUGAUGCAUUGAAAGGACUGCACCGAUUACGUCACUUGGAUUUGAGGUCUAACAAUAUCUCGUACAUCGCUGAGGAUGCUUUUUCGGGCUUUGGAGAUUCCAUCACGUUCUUGAAUCUGCAAAAGAAUGACAUCAGAACUUUAACUGGUAUAACAUUUGAGAACCUAAACUCUCUGGAAACUCUCAAUCUACAGAACAACAAACUAAUGCACAUUUCAGAAGACGUUAUGGAGCCAAUACUGGACACACUUCGAGUUGUUGAUAUUAUGGAUAAUCCGCUUCUCUGUGAAUGCGAGCUUCAGUGGUAUAAAAAUUGGUUGAGAAACCUCAAAGAUAAAGACGAUGAAAUGAUGCAGAAGAAACGCACAGUAUGCACCAUGCAGCACGAGCACCGUGAAUAUAGUCUGCAGAGUUUACCAUUGGAAAAAAUGAAUUGCGUCAUCAAAAGUUACGAAGCAAACCCUAGAGGGGGAUCAAGCGACAGACGUGUUGGAUUGUUAGCGCGCACAGUUUUUAGCAUGUGCAUUUUAGCAAAGAAAUAUAUUUAACAGUAGCAGUUAAAGGAGAAAAAAUAGCAAGUUUUAGAAACUAUAUCAUUCCGUUUGUAAUUAUUAAAAUAUAAAUAAGUUAGUAGAGCAAGACAUUCCGUAUUUCAAAGUUUUUCUCUUUUGCCGUCGUAUAGAUUACAAACUAGAGCAUGUAUGUUAGCUUCUCCAGUAAGCUUAUUAGCUUAAUUUUAGUAGUACCUUUCUCCAUUCGACAAGAGUUCGCAUUUCGAAUAAAGAAUGAAAUUAAAAUGAAGACCAUUUCUGAAACAAAAUUGGGUUAGAAAUGGGCGUUGCAGACUUUGUGACUAUCUCAAAAUUAAAAAUUAAUAAGGACACAGAUAUUCCAUUAUACUCGAAAUUUCAGAAUGCGAACUCCAUUCAUAUUACAUUAUUUGUGAGGUAAUGCUUUCAGAUCGACGUUUCGAAUAUUUGUUGAAAUAUAAAUAGCUUUGGACAUCCAGCUAAGUGAUUGUGUCUCUUGCAAGAAAUAUACGAAACAUAUCUGAAGCAUGAUUUUAUACAUAUCAAAAUAUAGACUAAGUUAACCAGGAGUUGAUGAAGUCCACCGCAUUCUUGUGUCCCAAUUUACUCUUUCUGAGUGUAUUUUUGAACAAGUGAAUAGCUGAAAAUUAACUAGCUGAGUGUUUAUUAGGAUAAUGAGAAAUGGCGAUCAUGAUCUGUUAUUUUUCAGCAAUUCCACUUCAAUCGUUUGUCAUAGAUCUUGAUGUUUAAAAAUGUCUAGCUAAAUAUAGAUGUAAGUGAAAUUCAUAAAAUUCUCCGGGUAUAUUAUUUUCAAAUUCGCGCAUCAAACUCAAAUAAAACAUUGGUUGGGGACAACUGGCCUACAUAUCAUGGUGGACGAAAAAAAUCAUAUCAAAUGUGCCGCAGUAAUUGUAAAGUAUCUUUCAAUCUAAAAAAUUGAAUGAGUUGUGACAGAUUCUUUUUUUGUGAGACAGCCCGGAUUUCUUCUGAAGGGAUUCGGUACAAAGAAAGGAUCUGAACCUGUUGUUCUUGUAAAUUGUAGUUUAGUAGAUAAUAAAGUGCAUGUUAGUUUGUAAACAUAUUUACCAUGUGAGCUUCAAGUAACCAUAUCAUCAAUUGUUGAGAAAUAUAUUUAGGAAUAUAUCUUAGAUUAGGUUUGAUGAAACAUUUGUCAAUGCACUUCAGUGUGUUCACGAGAGUCGAGAGUCCUACUUCAUGCAAUUUUUGCUCUACAUGUACCUAAAUACGAAUAUUAUAGAUAAACAUAGAAGACGGGAGAAAACACCCCCAUCCUAUAACAUUGCCAUAAUAAAAACAGUUCGUGAAAAUUUGCAUGGAGAAAUGGUCUAUAAGAGUAGUACAGCUAUGGGUGACUUAGUAGGAAAAUUUUCGAAUUUCUAUAUUUUUCUACAAUCACCCCAAAAAUGAGAGCAAUACUAUUAAUUACUACCAUCUGGGUUCAGCCCCAAAAAUUUAAACAUAUCAUGUAAUUGAAAAAACUAUUUGCGAUAACCAACAUAUCUUGAUAUUUUGUAAAAUUAGGAAAUAGAGAAGAGAAAAUGUGAAUUUAAUAAAUGGAGGUAUUUUUGUGGCAAUGUUUAGGCGUGCCAUUCUAAAAAUGGCAACCGCCAGACCAUUUCAAGACAUAUCCGGUUGCGGUAGAACAAAACUUCGCGUUCUUAUGGGAGCUCAAUGCAAAAAAAUUGCAAUAUUUUUCUAAAAUUUCUAGUGUCAGGUCGUUAUCGCAUAUGAACGCGAAGAGCUCGCCCAACCCUCCCAUUUUUUACUAUACUUUACCAUAUUCAAAUAUAUAUGUAUAUGUAACAGUAAUAAAGCACAUUCAAAGUUAGGUGUAAUCAUUAUAUUGAAUAUGGCUGUUGUGCAAAACUGUGUCAUUACAAUAUAUUCAAAAUAUUAUAUUCAAUGUUUCCAAUUGUAAUGUUAUAUCAAUGUCGAAUUCAAUAAAGAAAUUAUGCUGACACUACA